AUGCCCAGCAGAUCAUACCGGGAACCGUCCGUCGACGAGACUCUCAAGCAUCCGGCCUACCCCGGCGCCGUCUGGGCGCUAGAGCCUCACCAGCAUGGCAAGCUGCCCGUGGCAAAGGGGCGCGGCGGGCCCAUCAACAUUGCCUGGGAGAUUCACGGAGACGGGCCCAUCAAGAUUGUGUUGAUCAUGGGCUUGGCGGGCGUCAUACCGUCGUGGCAACGGCAGACACUCUAUUUCGGGCACGACCGCGGCGAGCGCUACUCGGUGCUCGUGCUCGACAACCGCGGCAUGGGCGCCAGCGACAAGCCGCUGAUGCGCUACUCGACGAGCGAGAUGGCGCGCGACGUCAUCGAGGUGCUCGACCACGUCGGCUGGACGGCGGCCCGCCAAGUCAACCUCGUCGGCAUCUCCCUCGGCGGCAUGAUAGCCCAGGAACUGGCCUGCGCCGUGCCCCAGCGCGUCCAGUCGCUGUCGCUGCUGUGCACCUCGGCCCUGCUGCGCGGCGAGAGGCCGCCGGCCCACGAGCUGGCCAAGCGCCUGGCCAUGCUGGCGUCCAACGCCGAGGAGCAGUCCAUUGCCGACACGACGCGCCGCAUCUUCGUCGCCGACUGGCUCGUCGCCCCCGACGACGAGUACCGCCGCUUCGACUCCAACUUCCAGCGCUUCCAGGCGCAGGAGCUGGCCAAGCGCCGCAACGGCUACAGCUUCACCCUGCGCGGCUACCUGUGUCAGAUGAUGGCUGCCGGCGGCCACCGCAAGUCGGACGAGCAGCUGCGCGCCAUGGCCGACGCCGUGGGUCGCGAGCGCAUCCUCGUCAUGCACGGCACCGAGGACACCAUCAUUGCCGUCAAGAACGGCCGGCGCCUCGUCGAUGUCAUUGAGCCUGCCGACGCCCUGCUGGUCGAGGGCAUGGGCCAUGCGCCCGUCAUGGAGAGGACGCAGUGGUUCAACAAGCUGCUGGAGGACCGGCUCGAGGCCUGGACCCAGCUCCAGAGGCGAGAGAGGCAUGAUAGCGUCAUGAAGGAGGGAUAG